AUCGCAUCUUUUAUGUAACAAUGGAAUCUACGCCCUAUCUAGUGCACUUGUAUAUCCAGUAGGAAGGUAUAUGGGAUUUAUCCAUGGACUUACCGGCGUAUGAUUAACAGCAGCACACCAGCAUCGCUUUACAUCCUGUGAGAGUCUGAAGAGACAGAAGGUGAGAAUCCAAGCCCAGUUCCAGCACUGCAGACAUGGCCACUAAUGCAGAGUCGAUGUGGGAAGACCAGAGUGCAUUUAAUUAUGAUUAUGAGACUUUGCAAACCACCGGCCUCAUUCUUGCUGUGGUAAUGUUUAUUUCUGGAAUCCUCAUUGCCCUGAGUAAAAAAUUCAAAUGUUCAAAGUCAUCGAACUCAAGUCCUGUGGAACGGCUUCAGUCCCUCCAAACAGAAGUACCUUCUCAGUCAGUAUAGAGACUGAGCAUCCAAGCAUCUGUGCUCGAGGAUGCUCGUAAAAUGUGAGGAGAGCUGCAUGGGAUUGGAUAAAACCAGAUAAUUCUUUAUUUCUACUGGAGUUUGAGGCUUCUUUGUAAAGCUCAUAUAGUAUGUUGCAACUUGCUCAGGAUUUUAUUUACAUACCAAUAUUCACAAUUGAAUACAUAAUGUUUAUCACAAAUUGUUUAUUAUCCCUGCACAAAAGGUCAAUAAUGCGCACAAACCUAACUGUUGAGUUACAUUUUUAUUAUAAAGCUAAUGAUUGUCUUGUUUACCCCUCCUGUCAGGGCCAGUUCCAGCCAAUUAUAUUAGGGUAAGAUGGUGCAAAUAAUAGGUGGACAAUCAAUGGUAGUAACCCAAACACCUAAUCCACUUGUCCAGUUAACCAAUAUUUACAAUAUCCUCUAACCCCCAAUAAUGAUCCAUGUGAUGUCGGUCAAAUUAUGAGCAUUUGUGAGCAUGCAUAGCAGUCACAAAUUUAGAAAAAAGUAGAUAAAAAUGAGGCGGGUGGCAAAAAUUAUCUGUGCUGCAGGGGUGGGGCUUUUUGUGAGGCUGCUGCAGACAGAUCAUUGUCGAUUGGCUGUAGGCUGCUCAUCCAAUCAGUAGUUAGAACUCAUAGUGGUAUUUUCUGUUAUUUUCUCUCUGACUAAAAUAAUAAAAAAUAAAUAAAACCAGACUUUGAUUGGCUGCCCAUUGCUGCCGCCGGCCCAGCUUCCUCCUCUUCUGUACUCGUGUUUCACUACCUAUCAGUUUAGCAGCAUGACUCAGCCAAUUAGUAAAGAAAAAGACUUGACUACAUUUGGUACAUACUACCUUGACUACGUUUGGUUUGUGAACCUUGUGUCAAUGAUAAAAAUCACAAAAUGUUGAGACAUGGCUUUAAUAAAAGUUUCUGAAUCAUCAACACGCGCUUUCAGUGUCUCGCUGUAUACUUGUAUGUAACAAAUAAUGCCAUUAAUCAUAAAUGUGUACUUUAAUCAAAUAAAAAGGUACAGUAUCGCACAAAAAGAAACAAAGCACAAGUUUACCAGCAAAUUUUAAUGCCAUUGCUGAACAAUCCUUGAACAAUUUAUUUAGUCAGUGUAUUACAUUCAAACAGGAG